UCGUCAUCGGCCUUGAUGAGUGUGGACGAUUUGCAAGACUAAGUUGGAAAAAAUUAGUUUAGCCCACUCCGCGCAAUAUUUUUGGUACCCACCAAACAUGGACAACAGCUGGUAGCAGAAGUAGCAGUCACGGGCUAUCUAUAAAGACACAUCAAACGCAACUCUCUUUCCCCGAUCAAACAACAAUCUAUUCAAUUCUAUAUAGCAUGGCGCUGUUAAACGAUGCUGUCAUUCCUUCAGGCUCCACCAUCCUUGUCACUGGAGUCAAUGGCUUUGUAGGCUCUCAUAUAGCCAAUGACCUACUCAACCAUGGCUAUAAGGUCCGCGGGACCGUUAGGGACAUACAUAGGCACACUUGGCUUAUAGAGCUGUUCACAGAAAGAUACGGAGACGGGAAGUUCGAGCUCGUGGUUGUCAAGGACAUGGCCGAAGCAUCUGCUUUUGAUAACGCCAUAAAAGGUGUUGCCGGAGUAGCUCACGUCGCUGCGCAUGUGACAAUGCAGAAUGACCUACACGCGGUUUCCAAGGCUAACAUUUCUGGCACUUUAAAUGCUUUAGAAGCUGCGGCUAAAGAGCCCAGUGUGCUUCGUUUUGUAUUCACAUCAACUUCUUUAGCUGUUCGACAGAAUGAGGAAUUCGAAGAUCUAAGGCCCGUGGCAGCUGAUGAAUAUAACGAAACUGCGAUCGAGUUGGCAAAAUCACUUCCGGAUUCACAGACCCAAAUGGAGAAGGGUCUCACUGUGUACGCAGCGGCUAAGGCGGAAACUGAGAAAGCCCUGUGGGGUUGGGUCCAGCAAAACAAGCCAAGAUUCGUGGUCAAUUCAGUCAUUCCGCCUGGUAUCUUGGGACGACCGAUUUCUGUGCAGCAUCAAGGAUACCCGUCAUUUUCAGGGUUUCUAGUAAACUUCUUCAAACGGGAGCCUGGACUCUUGGAUGUCCUCCACCGCUUCUAUUUCACAAGCGUUCAAGACAUCGCGCGACUCCAUGUUGCCGGCUUGAUUCAUCCAAAAGCGGAAAGCCGGCGUAUCUUUGCAUUUGGAGGAACCUGUACCGUGAAUGACGUCCUUGCCAUCUUCAAAGAUAUGUGUCCUGAUCGCAGGUUUCCCGAUUACAUCCCGGGCUUGGAUCACAAUCUUGCUUUGAUCGAGCCUAGAAGUGAGGCUGAAGCAUUACUGAGGGACUUGGGCAGACCCGGAUUUGACAGUCUGGCAGAGGCUGUCAAACAAACUAUAAGCGAGUUGAUCUAAGCAACCAAGGAGAGGUGGAUCGCAGCGCAACAGCGUACUCUUUCUCGCCAUGUCCAGCUACGCAGCUAUCUGCUUUGUAUGUUGAUAGAGCUCGCGAGAGCGUUUCCGCAACACUGCAGAUGAUGAUCGUCAGGGCACAAGUCGUCAUCGGUGAUUGAGAGGGUUUGGCAUGUGGAGAUCGGAGGCUGUGCAAAGUGGAUCUGAUACAAGUGCUGGUUGCCCUCAGGAUUGCGGGAUGGCGGCUAUUUAGCGCAAAAUUGUGUUUCAAAUUGCCGGGUGGCUGUCUUGCGUUCGUUGAGGGAGAUGAGUCGCGCGCGUCGAGCAGACCUGCGAGUGUGAAUGUCAUGUGACGUAUAUUGGAGAACAUAAUCAACAUGCCCUUGUUUGGUGUUGCAUCAAAAUACUCUUCUGCG